AUGCCCGUAGGGAAAUUGGAGAUCGUGGUUCACAACUACAAAUCCCUCUCAUCAUUGCUCAUUCGACACAUGUCAAUAUCACGCCAGGGACUCGUUGUCCCCCGGGCCUCCAAGCCCAUGAAUCCAAACCCAGCACUGCCAUUUAUCCCAGCUUCUCUGCGACCGCCACAGGUUGAUCCUUCGCCAGUGUUGACAUCUCACGCAGAAGAUGCCACCCAGAGAGAGCUACAGGCACGGUCUCGUUAUGGCGGUUUUUUGCCAACUCUGGAUAGGGUAGGUGGGGCUACUGACCAUCCUGCUGUGCCUGGGCAUACGCCUCUGGCUCAUUUCGUGUAUGAGGUUAAGCAACAGUACAGCGAGUCCAUGCCACCUCCACCAACAUUCAACCAAAGCACCCGAGCUGCUCCUCAGGUUUAUGCGCCACAGGCCCAGCCUUACCCAAAAGUCUCUCAUACAGGAAAUAACAGUGGUGGAGCUAAUGUGGUUGCUGGAGAUCAGACAUUCAACAGAACACGUGCCAGAUACGCCGCUGGGCCUGAUUCCAAAUCAAGAAACCCAUCAAGUCCUCCCAGGGAUGAAGAAUACAAUAACCCGAGAAACGAAAGCAGAAACCAGCCGAUACCACCAUCCCGCCAAGAGCAGGUUUACGACUUUGUACAGAUCGGUGAUAAUACGAAUGGUGCGAACGUCACCUACCCCACAUCUAGACAAAUUUUCAAUGAUUCAGAUGUCGCUUUUGGGAAGGCCGACUGA